AUGUCAUUUUCUGAUUUUUCAAAAGUCGAAUCAAUCAAAGCUUUAAACGAAUUUUUAGCUGAUAAAUCUUACAUUGAUGGUACCAACGCUACCCAAGCUGAUGUCACCACUUACAAAGCUUUCCAAAAAGAAUAUCCUCAAUUAACCAAAUGGUUAAACCACAUCUAUUCUUUCACUGGUAAAUUCGAAGAAUUACCAGCUGGUAAAGCCCCAGCUGCCGCUGCCGCUGUUGAAGAAGAAGAUGAUGAUGAUGUUGAUUUAUUCGGUUCAGACGAUGAUGAAGUUGAUGAAGCUGCUGAAAAAUUAAAAGCUGAAAGAUUAGCUGAAUACGCUGCUAAAAAAGCUGCUAAAGGUCCAAAACCAGCUGCUAAAUCUCUUGUCACUUUAGAUGUUAAACCAUGGGAUGAUGAAACUGAUUUAGAAGAAUUAUUAGCCAACGUCAAAUCAAUUGAAAAAGAUGGUUUAGUUUGGGGUGCUCACCAAUGGAUCCCAGUUGGUUUCGGUAUCAAAAAAUUACAAAUUAACUUAGUUGUUGAAGAUGAAAAAGUUUCAUUAGAUGAAUUACAACAAGAAAUUGAAGAAUUUGAAGAUCACGUCCAAUCUACCGAUAUCGCUGCUAUGUCAAAAUUAUAA